AUGGAGGAGCCAGCGAGUGCGGAGCGCCGUGCGCGCCUGUUGGACUCGCUAGCGCGUGUUCGCCACCUAAAAGACUCGAAACUCGAAAACCAGAAAGCACCCGCACAGCUGCUUGUCGCGAUCGAGGCGACGCUUGCCGAGCGCGCCGACGACGUAACCAAUCCAACGCACUACUUUCUCGCGCUCGAGAGCCUGCUAAACUCGCUUGAUGACGUGCAGUCAGGCGUAUACGCGUCCUCGCUUUACCUUUUAUCUAUCAUACUCCCGUGCGUCGCGCCCGGCGUCGUGCGCGCAAAGAGCAAUGCGCUGCUCGGCGCAAUUGCGCAGCCACUCGCGGAGCCGCAUACGAGUCCGGAGCAUGCGAACGCGUGCCUGCGUGCAUCGCUCGGGUGUGUAGAGUGCUUCUUUGCAUCUGUGCCUGUUUCGGAGCAAAGUGUGUUUCAGCACGAGAAGACGUGGCGCACCGUGUGGGAUCUCGUCUUGUCCUUGUGCAUCGACGCGCGCCCAAAGGUGCGUCGACGCGCGCAAGAGGUGGUGUGCAGCGAGCUGGGGCGCCCUGCGUGGCACCAUAAGCACCCGUACGCAGGCCGUACCGUUGCUUGGGCUACCAGUGUACUCUCGAGCGUCACUGCCUCCCGAGGCGCUGUCCCGACCAAGACCCCUGCACCCACGUUUGACAAACGCCAAGGCAAGGCGAAGCAUGCCGCUGCCGCCGCUGCCGCAAGACAAGACCAUGCGCAGGGCUCGUCCAGCACCGGCAUCUGGGUGUGUGCGCUGCUCAAGCCGCUCGUCGUGCUCAUUCCUACCACGCUCGCCGAGCCGUUGGUCCGCGAAAUGCUGCCGCUCACCGCGCUCCAGAAUCCAUUUUUGACAGUGGCCGUAUUCGAAGUGUUUGAGGCCAUGUUUAAAACGACACACGCCCCAGCGACCGCCCCAGCGGCGGGUCGUGCCGGCGUCGCACAGGCGCUCGCAGGCAUCGAGCCUGCUGCGCAGCCCGUGUCUAGCCCCGCGAUGCUGAAGGAAACGCUCACCGCCCUUUGCCACCCCUCCACCGUGCCGUCGCACACGGACCGGCAGACCAUUCCCGCGUACCUACACCUGCUUGCGUCGGCCAUGGUUGCGUAUGCUCGGAUCAACGACGGCCGCGAUGCCUGGCAGCUCCUCCCGACGCUCUGGAACAAGGUGCUCGAACUUGCACUCUCGGCCAACUCGGAUGCAAGCCGCGCCUCGGAGGAGGUGCGCAGCGCGGGAGUCAAUGUCCUGCUUGCCUUCGUGCGCUACUGUGUCCCCGACGCGGCCAUUGUCGAGGCCGUGCACGGCGCGGCCCCGUUCGCCGCAAUGAUUGCGUCGCUGCGCGAUGCGCUUGGCAAGCAUGCACUGCGCUAUGCCCAUGCACGUACCGCCGUCCUACAAGUUCUAGAAGGCGUCCUUGGCCGUCUGCGCUAUGCGCCAGCAAACGCAGCCGAAGCGCUGGGCAUGGGCGUCGUCGAGCAGGUCGCGCAACUGCGUGCCCAGAAACGGUUUGACGCACGCCCCAGUGCAGAUGCUGUGAUUGGCGCUGCCAUCGAGGCUAUUGGGCCGCGCACAGUGCUGCACGCUCUCCCGCUCAACUUGCUCGGCGCUGAUCGGCGCCCCAAUACCAAAGGCGACGGCCGCGCGUGGCUUUUGCCGCUCCUGCGCGAACAUAUUACGAAUGCGGAGCUGGGCUACUUUGCCACAGAGCUCGUGCCCAUGAGCGAGGCGCUCUUUGAGCUCCGCGUUGCGGCGCUCCAAGACAAGCCCGUUGAAGCAAAGGUGUUUGAGGCGCUCAUCGAGCAGCUUUGGGGGUGCUUCCCGAGCUUUUGCGAGCUGCCGCGCGAUUUGACGCGCGCAAUGACGCCGCAGUUCCUCGAGCUUUUGCUAAAUGUGCUGCGCUCGCAAGCGGCACUGCGCGCGCCUGUGCUCAAAGGACUGCAGAAUUUAGUGACGCGGACCCAGUCUUUGCAAGCGUCCAUGGCGCCAGCUGCACAGCUCCAAGCCCAAUUUGGCGUCGACCAGGCUACUGGCAAGCAGGACAUGGCGCAUUUGCAGGCCAUGUCGGGCACGCUCCUUGCCGCGCUGUUCAAUUUGCUCGCCGAGAUGCCUGCACAGUCGCGUGGAUACGUGCUCGACUGCAUCAGCACCUACUUUGGCAUCCUCGACGAGGCAAGCAUUGCGCAGACAUGUGAAAAAAUAGCCGCGAUGUUGCAGCAAGCGCUUGCUACGUACAAACCUGCGGUGCACAGCGGUGCGCCCGAGGCCAACAGUCCGCGCUACGUUCCGCCCAUCCCCCACACGAUGCUGGAUCUCUUGCUUGCACUCGUGCCGUUUGUCAAUGCGGAGAAUGCUUGCCGCUUGUUUGACCUGGUCGACGACGCACUCUUGGCUGCCCCGGACGGAGGCGUGCAGAAAAAGACGUACCGCUUGCUUGCGCGCUUGCUUGGCACUGAGCACGGCCCUGGACUCCUGCACAGGGCCGGCUCGACACAGCGCGGCGCCGCUGCGCUCAUGCACCGUCUCGCGCUGCUCACCGACUCGGUCGAGUCGGGUGCGGUUCGCGAUCGCCUCCAGAUGCUCGGCGCGGUGGUGCCGUUUGUGGGCACGGAGGACUUGCACAUCCUAAGCGCCCUUGUUCCCGAAACGGUGCUUGGCACCAAAGAAGCGAAUCAAGGCGCACGCGAGGUUGCCUAUGCGCUCCUCGUCCAGAUUGGCCAUCGCAUGCAUGCAGGCGGCACAUUGGACCGGGGCAAAGCGCAGCCAGACGCGCCGCACACCGAGAUUGUGCAGGCGUCUGCAAACGAGUUCACCAUGAUGGUCGCCGCUGGACUCGCCGGCGGAAGCCCACGCAUGAUCAGUGCGUCGAUCACGGCGCUCGCGCGGCUUUUGUACGAAUUUCAUGCGUCGCUGCCCGCAGAGACCUUGGACGAGCUGCUGGGCACCAUGAUUGUCUACUUGGACAGCACCAACCGCGAGAUUAUCAAGAGCGCGCUUGGUUUUGUCAAGGUCGCCAUUGUUGUGCUCGACGCCGCACGCGUGGAAAAGAGCUUGGCCGAGCUUGUGCCUGCGUUGGUGGGCGUGCGUGUCGAGCACAAAAACCAGUUCAAAGGGCGUGUGCGCCACAUGCUGGAGCGUUUGAUGCGCCGCUUUGGCCUCGCUGCUGUGGAGGCGCACGUCGACGAGGAAAACAAGCGGCUCAUUACCAACAUCCGCAAGCGCAAAGAGCGCGCCAAGAAACGUGCGGCGGGCGCAGAUGACGACACCAAGGCCCAGCCGUUCCAAAAGCCGGGAGCGGGCAGUAUGGAUGCUUUCGAAGAGGCAUUGUAUGGGUCAGCGUCCGAGUCCGAGUCGGACGAAGAGGAGCCCAGGCCAAAGGCCAAAGCGCAAGGCAGGCGCAGGCACCGCGAAGGAGAAACCUACCUCGUCGAGGACAACGACCAGCCGAUGGAUCUGCUGGAUCCGUCGGCAAUGAGUGCCGUUCGCGCAAAGCCAGAGCGCAAGCCGCGCCGCAAUCCGGGAGAGGAAGCGUCGCGCUUCGCCGUCGAGGACGACGGGCGCAUUCGCUUCCAAGACGCGCCACAAGAGACAGACGCAGCCGCGCCUUUGCUGGACGAUAAGCUUGCUGGCGCAGCCUACCUCGAGAAGGGGAUGGGAGUCGAUGGGUUUACACAUUCGCGUGGCGGCGCAGUCAAGUUCAACAAGAACAAUAAACGCACGCGCGCAAACGAACGCGCAGACGAGGAAGACGAGGAAAUGGUGCCUGCGCAGCAAGGGAAACAUGCGCGGACCAAGAAGCAGCAGGUGGGCAACGAGUUCCGUGCAAAACGCGCGGCGGGCGAUGUACGGAAAGGGGGUGUGAGUCCGUAUGCCUACGUGCCGCUAUCGUCCGUUACCGGGAAGAAGAAUGCAAAGCAUGCGAAGAGUUUACAGAUUGCAGGCAAGCGUGCGUAG